UACAUUGAGAAAUCUGCCUUCAUACAAAAUGAUGAAAUUAGUGGUUCUUUCCUGCCUGGUGGCUUGCGCCAUGGCCAGCGCCUACGCGCCUGGUCUAGCAUAUAGCGCAUACGGCGCAUACCCAUAUGCGUAUGGAGCAUACAACGGAGCUUAUGGCUUCGCACCCCUCGCGUACAGUGGUGCCUACCUGCAGCCGAGCAACUACCGCGGCCCUCUGUCUCUUGCACCCGGCCAGCCCGCUGACACCCUCGGCGCUGACGGCAGGCCCCUGGACACCUUGGAGGUCAACUUGGACCGCUCUGCUCACAUAACCGCAAAGGCCCUCGACAGCGGUCUCCAUCUGCUGAAGAAGCGCUCCGUGGUUGCGCCGGCAGUGGUGGCUCCGAUUGCCGCUCCCAUUGCGCCUGUCGCCACCUCUCUGAUUACCCCAGCGACCCCCAUCACCUACGCCGCGCCUAUCGCCCCCGCCGCAGUCGCUUACGGCCCGACUUACACUCACUACUUGUAAAAUAUUACUUGUAACAAUGAUACAGAACGGCAAUAAACGUAUGAAGAUUUA